UGUCCCGUAGGAUUUUGAGUAGGGUGUAGGAUGUGAUUGUGGUGUUGUUGAUACUGUUGUUUGAAAAGUAUCAUUACUGUCACAACCCAAAAUAUUAAAAAAUGCCCUCCUUUUAUAAAAUUGAAAUCAACAGGACGGAAUGGGAAGUGCCAGAACGAUACCAGAUGCUUACUGCAGUAGGUUCAGGUGCCUAUGGCCAAGUUUGCUCUGCAUUUGAUACAAAACUUCAAAUAAAGGUUGCUAUAAAAAAACUAGCACGUCCGUUCCAGUCUGCAAUCCAUGCGAAAAGAACAUACAGGGAAUUGAGAAUGUUGAAGCACAUGAACCAUGAAAAUGUGAUUGGGCUUCUCGAUGUAUUUCAUCCAGGAACUUCCUUAACUGACUUUCAACAUGUUUACUUGGUGACUCACUUAAUGGGUGCUGACCUAAACAAUAUUGUAAGAACACAAAAACUGACUGAUGACCAUGUACAGUUCCUAGUUUAUCAGAUACUGAGAGGUCUGAAAUACAUCCAUUCAGCUGGAAUAAUUCAUAGGGAUCUUAAGCCAUCGAAUAUCGCAGUGAAUGAAGACUGUGAAUUGAAAAUAUUAGAUUUUGGUUUAGCUCGGCCAACAGAGAGUGAAAUGACUGGAUAUGUGGCUACGCGGUGGUACAGAGCACCAGAGAUAAUGCUUAAUUGGAUGCACUACAAUCAAACAGUUGAUAUCUGGUCUGUUGGCUGUAUAAUGGCAGAGUUGCUGACAGGAAGGACAUUAUUUCCAGGAACAGAUCAUAUCCAUCAGUUAAAUCUUAUUAUGGAGAUACUUGGAACCCCUUGUGAUGAGUUUAUGAACAAAAUUUCCAGUGAAUCGGCAAGAAAUUAUAUUCAGUCAUUACCACCAUUAAAGAAGAAAGACUUCAAAGAAGUAUUUAAAGGAGCCAAUCCACUAGCUAUUGACCUAUUAGAAAAAAUGUUGGAGCUGGAUGCUGACAAAAGAAUCACAGCAGAGCAAGCUCUGGGUCACAAGUACUUGAGUCAGUAUGCUGAUCCAACUGAUGAGCCUGUUUCAGCACCAUAUGAUCAGAGUUUUGAAGAUAUGGAAUUAACAGUUGAACAAUGGAAAGAACUUGUCUACAAAGAAGUUGAAGAAUUUGUACCUCAGCAGCUACCGCAACCACAGGAAGCUCCUCAUUAGCUUAUUUACAUUGUUGGUGUGUAGUUAUUUGUAGAAGCUGUGUGAAAUCCAUGUCUGAUCCCCCCCUACCAUGGUUGUGUUCAUUGUUUAUGGAUAAUGUGUAAUAUGUUUCUGUGGCAGUGAAAUGUUUCUGUUCUUUCCUUUAUUACUUCACUUCUCCUUCGUAUUGUAGGUGAUCUGAUUUUAAAUGCAUGAGGUUUCUUUUUGCUCACACAGUAAAUGUACAUGAUUAAGUAAGUACUUCAAGAGGAAGUUAUGUGAUAAAAGAUGUAAUUGUUUUAUGUUAUCUUCUCUAACAUAGAUGAAUAGUACAUGACAAGUUGGUCUAAUGUGAUGAGAGUUCCUGUUGUGGUAGGAAUCUCCUGUACAGUUUUAAGCAUUGAGCUUCCAAAUUGUCCUUACAGAUUUAAAUUUCUGUACAGAUUCAGUGAAACAUAUUAACUCAGACUUUUUCAUUUAUCUUAAUGUACAAUUUUUUUGUUAAAAUGCUUUGUCACAAAGAUGUGUGUAAAUAUGAAAGACUAAUCUCUGUGCUAUCUCACCACUUUCCCUCACCCAUCAUAUUAAAAGUUUGAGAAUGUGUACUGUGCAGUUUACUCAGUGAUUAAGAACUACAAAGCCCACAAUCAUUUUCACUAUGCUGAAAAUACAAAUAUUUUUUUUUCUUUCUUCCUGUAGUAAUCUUUUCUGUAAGACUUCAUUUUACUAUUAUAUUAUCUGUCAUCAAUACUGCCGAAGGAUGUGAAACUUGAGCAUCUCCCAGUGUAUCAUAUGUUCAAAUAACAUACAGCAAUGCAGCCAGGUAACAUGCUUGACAAAGGCCAGUACUUCAACAAGUGAACACCCUGCCAUUUUCAGGGCACAGAUGAAACUGCACACAGAAUGUUAAAUUCCCUUGUGGAUGGUGUCACGUCAGCCGGAAACAAAAGACUGUGUGCAGAAAGACAAAACAAACUGCAAACACCUGGGGGCGACACGCAACUAUAGAUAACCAAUGCCACACAUUACAGUAGUGAAGUAUAUAUUAACAGCAGGUGAGGAAGUGUGCUAAUUAUUCCCUCUGUUGUUUGAUCAGGGAGAGAGCAGGAUUCUAGGCGAAUUUAAGCAAAAACCUCUGUUUCUGUUUAUAAGGUGACUUCCCAGUUUAAUCAAUAGAGGUAGAGGUUUUUGGUUACAUUCUGCCCAGAAUCCAUCUCUCUCCCUGUUGAGGCAACAAAGGAGUAGAGGUAACAUUACUUCCGCACCAUUUAACAAAAACUUCACUAUUGAUAGUGUUUGGUGUUUGUUAUUUGUUAUUUUUGUUGAUGCAAGUUGUUUACAGUUUGUGUUGUCUUUUUCCAUAUAUCAUCUCUUCUAUCUAGUUGUUCUAACCCCGCCCACUGAGGAUUUAAGUUGCCAUGUACAUCAACCUCUAGUUUUUGUGCCUCAAAAAUGUAUUGUUCAGCUGUCAAAAGUAUUGGCAGUUGUCGAGGGCAUUAUAUGGCCGCAUUCUGGCGGGAACACUGCCUAAAGCUAUUCAUUGUUUUAAUCACAAUAAACUUGUGGAAGUUUUCUGUCACAAUUUUACAUUUCUUUAGGAUACAUGAACAAUGAAUUAUGUGUUAGUAGUUCUUCUAAUGUGCAACUAUUUCAUGUUAGCUUAAGAAAAUUCUGACAAUUUUCAGAAUAUAACAAUAUGUGUUAUGUUCGCGUAGCAAUAUCAUUUAUGCCCAUGUAUCAUGGGACCUAUUGAUGUAUUAGAACCAAAAUAACUGUCUGUGUGGAACAAAUUGUUUUAUGGAUGCUUAAACUUGUAGGAUGCAAGAAUUUCUGUGGAAUGCUGACUGAAUUGUGGCCUAUUUAUCACAUUUUAACUAAUUAGUACCUUGUCAGUGCAAUCUUAUUUUUUGAACUAUUUAAUCUGUGGAAGUGACCAAGAAAACACACAUUGCUCUGUAUUGCCUUCGUUGAAAAGGCAAAAUUUCUAGAGGGAAUUUUUUUUAGAUUAUGUUAUACAAUAAUUUUUUUCCCAGAGCUCACAGUGUCAGUGAACUUUAAUACUGCUUUUUUGAUACUUUUGUAGUACUUGCCUGCAAAAUAUUUAUGCUGGCAUUAUUGCCUUCUUCGUAAGGAAUGUUGUAUUGCUUAUAAGAUGACAAUAGAAAGGUAUAUUUUUAUCAGAUUGAUUUUUAAACUGGUGCUUAAAUAUAAAAAAAUAUAGUGUGGAAGCUGAAAAUUUGUGUAUAUACUUGUCACAACUUGAUCAUUAAAGAAUGUGCAAAUUGUGCUUGUUAGCUUUGUGAAUUGAUAAAUUGUUGCAUUACUUGUAUCAUUUGAUACUACAGCUAUUUGUGGCCUACUUAAUCUGUACAAGUCAAUUGUUUGCAUGUCUUCAAGAUUUCCAGAAAAUUUAGAAAAAUGCUAGAGUUAGAUUUCUCAAUUUCCCAUGGGGUGCUCUCCUAACACAGUUUACUGUGUAGUGAUAUUAAUCAAAAAGGUUUUUGCUGUGUAAAAUCUUGAGUCACUGAUCCAUAAAUAGUAUCGAAUGGUUUUAUCUCAAAUAUGUCUAUAUUCUUUACCUGUAAGAUUGUUGUAGAGUUCUUGCAUUUUAGAGUGUCAAAAGAGAGUUUUUAAGAUUGUCAUCAGUUCAGAGAAUUUUGCCAUGAAAGAAUUGUAAUGAAAGUAUCUGAUAUUUUUCAUACAUUAGUUUACAAAUGAGAACUCCAAAUGUGUAGCAGCACAAGAAUUUAAUUUGUAAUUGGCAUUGUAGGGAAUUUGUAAUUGAAUGUUAAAUGAUAGAAAACUUUUACUGUCUUGUUCUGGGUUUUUAUAGAUAUAUAUUUUUCUUACAUCACUUUUGCAAAGUUUAUGAAGAAAGGUAUCAGCUAAGAAGUUUUGUGUAAGAUCUGACACUGUGUAAUUAUUUAUGGGAUUGAACUGAAAGGUUAAUAGCUGAAUUGAACUGAAAGGUUAAUAGCUGAAUUGAACUGAAAGGUUAAUAGCUGAAAGAUCACUUAGCAACACGACUGUAUUUGUUUCACAAUCCAUAAUUUUGUAGGGAAAUUUGUACAAGGCCUGUAGAGCAGUAUUUUUUCCAGAAAUGUUUUAUUUUGUAAAUAUUUUAUUAAUGUUAUUUAUUCCAUAUUGGCAACAAGGUUGCUACAAAUUUAAGUUACAAAUGUGUUGCGUCUUGAAUAUUUUUUGUAACAAUGUUCUGUGGAUUUAAUUUAAAUGCAAAGCAUUUUUUUUCCAGAAUUUAGGAUAAUAUGAAAAAUUGUUACCAGAAAAGAAGCAAGUAUGAAAUGUAAAAUAGAUAUAACAACAGAACUAUCUUUUUAUUGUAAAUUAUUUCCAUAGUAACAUGAAAACACAAAGAAAAUAUUAUUUUUAUACUUACAUGUAUGUGUUGCAAAAGAUUGUAUUGUAUGAUAAAAAAAGUCAUAUGUUACUGAAAAUCACUAUGUUGACUAAAUGCUGUUUUUGUUCCCAAAUGUGCCUGUGACUGUAAGCCGCAAUAAACAUGUAAGAAUGGAGUUUU